AUGGGCUGGGCUGGAGUUGAAUUAGCAGACAUCAGAUCAAAGCUCUCGGUAUACAUUAACGUGCUAAAUGUGCUAAACAUUCAGAUGAUACGACCUUCGCAGGAUAAUGUGGAGCGGAUGCUGAAAGCUUUCAUGAAUGAGAUCCGUAGUGGCAGACGUGAAUCGUCGGCUCUCUCGAUUGUCUCUACUGGAUCGCUUUCAGCAAAUGAGAAAGAAGAAUGGAGACAACUUCGCAAGGAGCUACAAAGUAUCGGUAUUCCAGCAGAGACAUUUUCCUUGAACCGUGACUUCAUUCACACCACCUUACGUGCAUUGUCACAGGGCGAGUUUGAAAAUCUCGUUGACCUACCAACAAUGGACGAAGCUUCUACACCGGGCACUUUUUUCAGCCCUGCCCCCAACACCCCUAAAAUCUCCUCCGCCUACCCGAAGUCAUCGCAGGAUGAGUGCCAGUCGUCCAGGGGUCCUAUUCCCCCUAUGAAACCUAUCUCUUUCCCCUGGCAUAACGACGAUGGACCGUUUAAUCGUGCCAUCUCCGGGUAUCGUGAAGGAUUUUUAGCUGGACACUCAUAUCCCCGCCAUUGGACCGGAGUCAACUCUGGAGUCAGCAAGCCAGCCAAUUUAUCCUUAUCGACCACGAAGACGCGGUGCCGCGCAAAUAUUGAAAAGCUGUGGGACGAAUGGCUUUAUGAAUACGGCCUCAACUGA